CGAGAAUCAAGAGAAUCGGUCAACAGUUGUUUUCAUAUACACUGUGAUACAUGAAUAUUUGCUUUUUCGAAGAAAGUCAUCAACUUAGCAUCAAUCGAGACAUUGCUCGUUGUUUGGUUGGGGCAGGCCUCUCGGUUGGUGCCGUACUCGACGACUUUCCCCUAGAGAAAAAGAGUAACCGUUUUUCAGCGUAUAUCAGCGUUCCUAACUUGGAAGUUAGUUGACUCGCGUAACCGUACUAAUAAGUAAAACGUAGGUAUAGAUAGAAGGAUUUUUGGUACGUGUCGGGGAGUUUAACGUUCGUAAGAGUUUUCAGGAAAGACAAGAGGUGCGCUAGUGUUCGCUAAGCUACCCCCAGCCUUACUACCCCCACCCUUCCGUUCGAGCUCCCCUAGCUAGUGCAAAUCUCGGCGGAUGAAUGUUUUCUUAAGGGAUUCUUCCCGAAAGCGACGCGAAAAUCUGAGAGGAGUCGAGGGAGCUGAAUAUUUGAAAAUUGUUCCGAAACGGUACUAUAAUGGAGAGUGGAAGUAUCUUACAUACCCCGGGUAAUUACCCUGGUGGAGAUCGUCAGCAGUUUUGCGUUUCCUGGAAUUCUCAUCACGCGAACAUGCACAGCGCGUUUCCUAAACUUUUAAGUUCGGAGCAGUUCGUCGAUGUCACUUUGGCAUGCGACGGAGGGUCAAUAAAGUGUCACAAAGUGGUAUUGUCAGCUUGUAGCGAUUAUUUGGAACGUUUACUACUAGAAAUACCGUGCACCCAUCCUAUUAUCUUUUUGAGAGACAUGAGAAUGUGGGAACUUCAGGCUUUGGUGGAAUUUAUGUAUCGUGGAGAAGUAUACGUAGAGCAACAGCAGCUGGGUAAAUUAAUGCAAGCUGCCGAAGUAUUGCAGAUUCGUGGUUUGUCCACUCAAGGAAACGACAACUCUUUGAGCGAAAGUAGUUCGCAACAGUGCGACUCUAAUACUCCUGUUACUCCAUCGACGACCACACAGCAGGAUGAGCCUAAUUUUAAACGCGAAGAAACUCAGUCCGAGGAUGGAGCUUCGAACGCUAAUUUUCUCGAAGGCGCAACAGUUGCUGCGUCCAGCACGGCGAGUGCUCCAUCGCAUAGCACUACGCCCGUUACGCAAAAUCCCAACUCUUCGAACUUUAUGGAGCACAGCGAAGCGUUGCAGCAUUUGGAAAAAGCGCUUAGCGCUUGCGAAGCAACUCUGACCGAGACUCAGGGCAUGGUCAAAAUGGAGCCAGACGAGCAAUUUACUCAGCAACAGGAAGUGAAGCCAUACUCGAUUAGUAUGGUACCGAGCAGCAAUUGUAACCCUAGUAGUCCAUUUCCUGCAAUCGAAGGUUAUCAGAGACGACAAAGACGUUCGGAAGAAGAAUUGAAGCAAGCUUCGGAUAUGGUGGCACGCGGUAUGACGUUUCAAGUGGCUUCGGAAAAGUACAAAAUUCCGAUAAGUACGAUUCGAUUCUACAUGGUUAGAAAAGGUAUAUUGCAAAGGCGAAAACGCGGUCGUGGUUCGAGUAAUCUUGGCAUGAAUAGUCAACCGGGAAGUCCCGCGAGUCCGCCAUAUCAUAUGAUGAAUUAUCGUUUGCCAGAGAGCCUAAACUCCAGCCUACCGUAGUGCUGUACGAGAAGUAGCGAGUUUUUAGACUUGAGUUGAAUCGAACAAAUUUUUUAUUGCCGUAUCGGAGCUGUUCCAGACUGUGUCAUUCUUCCCAUCCUUAUCGACUCGCACCGUGUUAUCCGCUUUUCGUUAAAUCAUUCACAACUUGCGAUCACGCAUCAUCUACCGCGAGUGCGUUUUCGCUGCUCUACUCUACUCUACUCUAAUCUACUCUUCUCUACUCUACUCUACUCUACUCUACUCUACUCUACUCUACACACAUUUAUUGCAUUUACAAAAGAUAGUAAUUUAAUAGAGAAUAAUUGACAACGUGUACGUAUCGUACACGAUAAGUACGAUUUUAGUCUCGAACAGCUCGGCUCCGUGUACAUAAACACCAUACGCCAACUUUCGAACGCGGCAUCGAGACGAAAUGAAAAUAAUUGAAAACUAGAAAACGAACGAAUAUCUCGGGUUGUUUGCAAGAUUAUCGCUCGAUAUCGAGAUAUUUGAAUUGUUUUCAUCGAGUCGUUUAAUUUAAUCGAGUAACUUUCAUUUGGGUACGUUUUAUUCGUUUUCUUUCCCAUCGCGACUUGAACGGACAAGAAGGAAUGUGUGUAACGAGUGUCGAUGCAGCGUUCGAAGGCUACUCGUACGGUUCAGUUUUGGGCCGUGUUCCGUUCUUCUAUUUAGUGACACAUACACCUUGCGUACAUGGAUAGCGUGAGAGGUAUUUUUUUGAGUCCUAUACACAGAUUGCUACAACAGAUUUACAUAACACGGUUCAUAGAGAAGAUUGAACGCGUCACGCGAAGCAUAUUUUUACGACCGCUCGAAAAUCUUUUGAUAAUGCGUAUCCGUAGGGUAGGUUCUUUUUUAUUACGUCGUAUUUAUAUAUAUAGACAUACACAACACGCAACGUGUGCCCAUCAACAUCACCAACUCGGUUGGGAGAAAACCCGCGCGUACACUUACACGAAUAGACACACACACAUGCACACCCACACGAACCCGCGCACACACCGGUGGAACGUGUAUGUAUUUUUUAAGUUGCUCUUUUUUUUUUGAACCUGUAGUAUAAUCUGUAAUUAAUCCAAAAUUUCAAAUAUCAAUUUUGGUAUUAUAAAACCGAAUAGAAUGUAAUACGCCGUGCGUGUUAGGUUUGCUGGCUUUUAUUCAACGGAAAGAUUAAGGGAAAUGAGAGAUUCGAAGCUUGCGGUCUAAAUGCUUAUUAUAACUACGAUGAGAUCGCAGGCUUCGUCCGCGAACAAAUAUUAGUCAUUAUGUUCAAGACUGGUAACACGUGGCUUACCUGCAACCACGUUGAAUCUUAGUAUACUGCAAAUCUGGAUC